GCCGCGCUAGCAACAAUUGAAAUCUGUUAAACAUUUGCAUUGGCUGUGUAUUGUUGACUCUAUAACUUAAGGAAAACCGCUCCAGUCGCGUGUGCAUGUCUCCCUAUAACUUUAACUCCUGAAACAUCACCCACUGGUCACACUGUUUUCCACCCACUAUCCACCGAAUAAACCGACAAAGAAGUCGGCGCGCAGUAAAACAUAAAAGAAAGGCAUUCUUAAGAAACUAAACAAGAAAGAAAUUAAAACCAGGAGCGACCGGAAAGUAUCUGGAAGAUUCGACUAGAGGGACUGUGUGUGGUCCGGGUGUAUUUAUUUUGUGUAGUUUAAGUGAGUGAGUCGCCGAGGCGAUCUAACGUGACAAGGUAUCUGUGAGAUAUGCAAUCGUGGUGCUCCUUAUCAAAAUCGGCAGCGGUGUAAGGGUCAGUGUGAAGGGGAAGAGUGCACAAGUGGACUGCAGAACCACAUCCAGGUGUCUGUCAGGUGUCUGUCCUUGAAGGCGCAGAAGAAAGAACCACAGCAACAAGUCCAAAGGAAACCGAAUUUGGAUCCAAAGAUGUCUGUGGACUGGCAAGUGCUAGGCGGGCUCUGCCUGCUGCUGGUGGGCGUGGCCGUGAAUGGGGAGCUGUACACGGCCCUGGCGGAGAUGGAGGAGCUGCUUGAGACUGAGUCCGUGCUGAUAACCAACCUGGAGGGCUACAUCCGCGUACAAGAGGACAAGCUGAGCUUCCUCAAGAACAAAAUGGACGAGUACCAGCGGGAGCACGCGGACGCGGCCAGCGACAUAACCGCCUACGUCUCGAACCCGAUCAAUGCCUACCUUUUGACCAAGCGGCUGACCACGGACUGGCGGCAGGUGGAGAACCUAAUGGAGCACGACGUGGGCACUGACUUCCUGCAGAAUCUGACGCAGUAUCGGAACGUGCUGAAGUUCCCCUCGGACGAGGACCUCAACGGGGCGGCGGUGGCUUUGCUGCGGCUGCAGGACACUUACCAGCUGGACACAUCCAGUGUGGCACGUGGCAAGCUCAACGGGAUUCAGUACAGCACGGAAAUGUCCUCGGACGACUGCUUCGAACUGGGGCGUCAGUCGUACGUGAACAACGACUACCACCACACGGUGCUCUGGAUGAACGAGGCGAUGUCCCGCAUGCUGGAGGAGCCCCUCAACCAGACCCAGACCUUUACCCGUGCCGAUGUGCUGGAGUACUUGGCAUUCUCCACCUACAAGGAGGGCAACGUGGAGAGUGCUCUGGUGAUGACCAAUGAGCUGCUGCAGCUGCUGCCGAACCACGAGCGGGCUAAUGGCAACAAGCGCUUCUACGAGAAGGAGAUCGCCCACCAGAAGGAGAUGAAGAAGAUGAAGGGCGACGAUGGCACCGACGAAAUGCCCGUCUCCGAUCUGCCCGUGGCCAGGAGCGAUACCGGCGAACUCGGCGUGAAGGAGCGCAAGUCCUACGAGAUGCUCUGCCGCGGGGAGCUGAAGCCCUCGCCGACGUACAUGCGAUCGCUGCGCUGCCGCUACGUCACCAACAAUGUGCCCUUCCUGCGGCUGGGACCCUUAAAGCUGGAGGAGGCCCACAAGGAUCCCUACAUCGUGAUCUACCACGACGCCAUGUACGACAGUGAGAUGGAUCUGAUCAAGCGCAUGGCCCGCCCGCGCUUCCGUCGCGCCACCGUCCAGAACUCGGUCACCGGGGCCCUGGAGACGGCCAACUAUCGGAUCAGCAAGUCGGCCUGGCUGAAGACCGAUGAGGAUAGCGUGAUUGCGAAGGUGGUGCAGCGCACCGCGGACAUGACCGGCCUGGACAUGGAGUCGGCCGAGGAGCUGCAGGUUGUCAACUACGGAAUCGGUGGCCAUUACGCGCCGCACUUUGACUUUGCCAGGAGAGAGGAGAAGCGCGCCUUUGAGGGCCUUAAUCUGGGCAAUCGCAUUGCCACUGUCCUCUUCUACAUGAGCGAUGUGGAGCAGGGGGGAGCCACCGUGUUCACCACACUUCGAACUGCCUUGUGGCCCAAGAGGGGCACAGCUGCCUUCUGGAUGAAUCUGCAUCGGGAUGGCGAGGGCGACAAGAGGACACAGCACGCCGCCUGUCCCGUCCUAACGGGCACCAAAUGGGUUUCCAACAAGUGGAUACACGAGCGUGGGCAGGAGUUCCGACGGCCCUGUGCCUUGAACGAGGACAGUGGCGACUUUGCCAUCUAGUUUGGGCUCUAGUUAAUAGAAAGCAACGAAUCUUAAGUGCGGAGAGGACCCUCUGAAUCUCAUCCCUCUCAAUCUCUCCCACGCCCUUGCAGGCUGGCCAUCGAAUUCCUAUUGUACAUACAGCAUCCAGCUGGGAGGCAGCUGCAGCGGCAUCUCUUCUACUCUGUACUCACUUACGGACUGCAUGGACUGUCCAUACCUAUAUCAUAGAAACCUAUUGAAUUUAUCUACUUUUGUAUAUUGCCUAGUUUAAAUAGUAGAACAAAUUUCAAUAAAUGGAAUACCAAACCAUAACAGAACCGCAA